AGAAAAGCAGCAUGUCUUUUACUGCUUUCCUAGUCAUCUCUUUGCAGCGGCUCUCAUUAAGGUGUACGCUGGAAAAUUGAUCCUCCCAAGACAUUAUCUUUAUUUUACAAGUUUCUUGGACAGGAGCUUUUGAGCUAAUAAUUUCUGCGAAUAAUAGAAAUGAGCCUGUCUGGAAGAAGGGUAACCCUGCCUGUGAUAACUCCGAUAGUACUGCAAAAACGGGUAAUUAAAGUAUACAGUGAAGAUGAAACGAGCAGAACUUUGGAAGUACCAAGUGAUAUAACAGCCAGAGAUUUAUGCCAGUUGCUUAUACUAAAGAACCAUUACGUUGAUGACCACAGCUGGACUCUGUUUGAGCACCUUACUUACUUAGGCUUAGAGAGAAUUAUAGAAGAUCAUGAAAUGGUAAUUGAGGUUCAGUCAAAAUGGGGAAUUGAAGAAAGCAAUAGAUUUUAUUUUAGAAAAAAUUAUGCAAAAUACGAGUUCUUCAAAAACCCUGAGAACUUUUUCCCUGAACAUUUGGUGUCCUUCUCAAAUGAGAUCAAUGGAAGGCUGAGCCAUACUCAGAUAUUGCAGAUGUUUUUAAGUUCCAGUACAUGUCCUGAAAUUCACAGUUAUUUACAUGCUAAAGAGCAAGGGAAAAAAACCUGGAAAAAGAUGUACUUUUUGUUGCGAAGAUCUGGUCUGUAUUUUUCCACUAAAGGGACAUCAAAGGAGCCAAGACAUCUGCAGCUUUUCAGUGAAUUCAGCAGUAGUGACAUAUAUAUGUCUUUGGCAGGCAAAAAAUUAUCUGGAGCGCCCACCGGCUUUGGGUUCUGCUUUAAGCCUCACAAAGCAGGAAGAGCCAGAGACCUGAAACAGCUUUAUGCAGACAGUGAACAAAGUAGGACCAGCUGGGUGACAGCAAUUCGCUUGCUUAAGUAUGGAAUGCAAUUGUACCAGAAUUACAUGCAGCCUUACCAAUGCAGAAGUGGGUGCAGUUCUCUUAGCACGCCUGUGAGAAGUGUUUCAGAGAAUUCUCUUGUGGCAAUGGACUUCACAGGGCAUAGAUCCAGAGUUAUUGAAAACCCAACAGAAGCCCUGUCAGUUGCCGUUGAAGAAGGCUUAGCGUGGCGGAAAAAGGGAUGCUUGCGACUUGGGAGUCACAGCAGCCCUACCACAUUGCAAAACGUCCCAGCAAAUAUAGCUAUACACAGUUCCCAGCCAUGGUUUCACCACAGGAUUUCUAGAGAUGAGGCCCACCAACUGAUUUUGAGACAAGGACUGGUCGACGGUGUUUUCUUGGUACGGGAUAGCCAAAGUAACCCCAAAACAUUUGUUUUGUCCCUGAGUCAUGGAUUAAAAAUAAAACACUUCCAAAUUGUGCCGUUGGAAGAGGAAGGCAAACUUUUUUAUACGCUGGAUGAUGGUCACACCAGGUUUUCUGAUCUUAUCCAACUUGUGGAGUUCUACCAGCUCAAUAAAGGCAUUCUACCUUGCAAGUUAAAACAUUACUGUGCCCGAAUUGCACUUUAACCACAACACCCGUUUGUCACCUAAGCCUUGUAGAAAAUAAAGGGAGAACGUUUCUUUUGAUGCUGCUGCUUCUUAAGUGAAAGCUUAUAGUUGCCAUAAAAAUUUUACAAAAUCCAGUAUUUUUGUGUCAGGGUUUGAUUAAUCGACAGUUGAUCUUCCAAAAAUGAAUUUUGAGCUGAAAUUGUGUGAACUGUGCAAUGCUGCAAUCCUAGGGCGUAUUUUUCCAAAUG